CUUAGUUGUUUUUCUUGUCAGCAGUCAGUCACUAUAAAAGCAGAGUGGCAACUCUGAGAUAGAUAGAGAUUUUUUGGAGGAUAUCUGUGGGGUGUGAACCGUCUGCUUUAGAUUUACAGCCUGGGCCUGGAAGCAUCACACACAGUGAGGUAGGUUGCAAGGAGAAUGUCCUCUGAGCCCCAGGGCCAGUCUUUCCCAUCCACAGGCAACAAUAGCUCACCAGUACCUUCUCCAGGCCAACUACACUCCUUUGACCAUCUAGGGACACCCUGCUUUCAGAUGCCAGAAUCACAGUGUAUACAAAGCAACAUUGGGGAGGGGUUUGCACCGUACUCCAAAAGAGAAAGCGUCCCCUACAGGCAGAAGAGUGCUAUUGCGGAGCGCUUUCGUAGACACAGUGUAAAUGGGAGUCCCGUUGGACAGGAACCUGGCCCGGUAGAGAACAAUCACUUUCAUCCAUAUAGCCGCCAGUGCAGUGAAGGGGCCCUCCCAGAUGUUCAUGCCUUUAGUUUUCUCAUGGGGGCUGGAUUGGCUGGAAAACUGACCACAGGUGAUGGAUCAGAGGAACAAUCCUCUUGGACUUCAUUAAGUAACAGUGUGGAGACCACCAGUUUCAUGGGAACUCAACAGCCCUACAAUAAGCCACAGACGAGCUCUGAGGAACCUCCCAGUUACACAUCGGUUACCCAUCAGACAUACAGCCCCAUCAGUCCUCUACAACAUCAGUUUUCUGGUGUGUGCUCUUCAAGAGGAAUAGACAGCAUCUCUAAUUACUAUGACCAUAACCUCUCUUCACAAACAUCUCAGGACAGUGCACAGCCACUCUACCCUAAACCUGUCUACUCUUAUAGUAUUCUCAUUUUCCUGGCACUGAGGAACAGCAAGACAGGCAGUCUGCCAGUAAGUGAGAUCUACAGCUUCAUGACAGAACAUUUCCCCUACUUUAAGACAGCACCAGAUGGCUGGAAGAACUCUGUUCGACACAAUCUCUCACUGAACAAAUGCUUUGAGAAAGUGGAGAUUAAGAACGGGAACUCCUCUCGAAAGGGCUGCCUAUGGGCCCUGAACCCAGCAAAGGUAGAGAAGAUGCAGGAGGAACUACACAAGUGGAGACGUAAAGACCCUCUGACUGUACAAAGGAGCAUGGCACAACCAGAGGUGUUGGAACGUCUGCUUGGGGAGAGAUCCGAGAAGCUGAAGACUCUUGGUGCUCACUUCAGUUUAGCAAGCAGUCACACACACUCGCAGCCAGUAAGAGUUGGCAUGCAUCCAUCCUACAGGCAGCCAUCUGUCCAUGAGACCAGUGUCCUGCAUCAGAAGCGUCUCUAUAGCCACUUACACUCUCAAACUGUCCCAUCACCUCCCCCAUACAUAUCCCCAGACCCUUUAGCUUUCACAUACUACUCUCCUGUCACCCAGCUGCCCAGCGUUGGGCAUCCCUCCAGAACUGGCAACCUGGAUUCUUCUUUACCAGCACACACCCCGCCAAACUACAGCACUGCCCUGCAGGCCAGUCAAAGUGCUGCAGGGGACAUGCAUGAACUUCUACUGGAGGGAGAAAUCAAUGAUGUUGAUGCAUUAAAUCCAAGCCUCACAGACCUACAAUUACAUGGAUAUCUUUGGGAAGAGCUAAGGAAUGACAGCCUCGCUCCAGAUUCACUGGUAGUCAUGGAUGCAUACCUCUCCACACCCCAGCUCAGUCCAACUCCAGGCAACAGCGUGGGGAUCUAUGGCCAGUCUGCUGUGGAGGUGGGGUCAGUUGGGACUGAAGGUGGGGUUCAGGGCAGUGUUUCUAAGCUACACCUCAAUGGGCUCUACACAACUGCUUUCGCAGUCACAGACAGCAUGCCAGGCCUCCACUCUUACUCAGGAAACACUCCCAUCCCUCUGCUAUGAAGAUAAAGCCUCUAUGUGUCCAAGCAAUCAAUGCAAAUAAUAACCACAUAUUUGUGCAUAGUUUGGAUAAUUUUUUUUUUACUUUUUAAAAGAAAAUUAUGAAAAACACGGACUACAUUAAAUACUGGUUCACUUGAGGAGAAAGAGUUUAGGUCAAACCACAUUGCAUUUUGUCUGCUGAAUUACUGGCUUAAUAAAUAAUUAUAAUAAUAACAAUAAUAAUAAUACCAGGAAAACCAGUUAAGAACCACUGGAAUAAAAAAAAAAAAAAAAAAAGAAUUUCAUAUAUUUGAAAUUUUGAAAAGUUUUACUUUUAAAGUGGUGCUUGGGUAAAAAUGUUGUACCUAAAAUUUAUCGUCACAAUAUAUUACCACAUGCCACUUUAUACAAAUUCUUUUAGGAAUUUUGAUAAUUCCAAAACGUUCUGUAAACCUUUACUAUGCUCUAAAUCACUUCAAAUUGAGUCACUUCAGUGUGGACUAAAUUGUUAAUGCACAAUGUCUUCAUUGAUAACAGUGUUUGCUUUUCUGCAAGUGUUAUUGUUUAAACCCAUGAUCUUUUCAAUGAUUCAGUUGGUAAGAUUUCAAUGAGUCAUUUCGGACUUGGUGUGAUGAAAGAGUUUUCUCAAGUUUCUUUGUCAGUAUUGAUUUCUGUGUUUGCAUUUGCCAUCAAAACAAUAAAUAUUGAAAAGCACUAUAGCAAGUUAAAACAGCGCUCCUGAUUUUUACUGGGCUCUCUGUAAGCAGAAGUCACAACAUGUCAAUAUAUCAAUGUCAUUUCUA